AUGAUGAGGCGCUCUCCAAUAUCAUUAGAGGAAUGGAUGUAUCAAAUGCUUCUCCGAAGCGUUGGCUUCCAUAGGUUCGUAAGAAGGGUAUAUUGUUAUGUUAAUGGGAUAAAACCAUUUAAUCAGGAGUCACGGACAAUUAAUUUUAAAGCGGGGUAUCAGCUAACGACAGUCCAUAAAAUACGAGCGUUUAGAAUGUUAUUUUGGGACGAACUUCGAGCAUCUGUGGGUCUACGGCGAAAGUUGUCUAAUCGUUAA